AUGAUAGUCUUGCUUAAUAAAAUUAAUGAUGAUAUGUAUGAUCAAACAUAUGAAACACAACAAAUUAUUUCACUUCACAAGCGAUGGUUAAAAAAUCCAGUUAAUUAUUAUUUAAAUGAAAUCGAUGAUUAUGAUAAUAUACAAAGUUAUGAUUCGCAAUUUUUAGUUACUCAAGUUACAGCUCAAAAAAAUAAAAUUUUAUAUAGUAAUGAUAAAUAUAAUAAUUUUAAACCAACUUUAGAUCUAUUAACAGCUCGCAUAAUUCAAUCCGGUACGAAUGAAUUUAAUGAACAUUUAAAUUUUCUUAAUGUUAUUGCCGAUUUAAUUACAAAACAAGCAAAAUUCAAUCAUAUAGAAGAACAAAUUGAAGAACAAAAUGUUAUGAAAUUUAAUCAAGAACAAGACUUAGAACAUGAUAUAAAAUCCUUUCAAGAAGACAAUGAAGACCUACCAAAAUUAGAAUUAGAAUCAGAACCAAAGGAAGAACAAGCAGAUAUAUUAUUAAAAGAAAAAGUGGUUCUUAAUUAUUCACCAGUAAUUAAUCCUAGAGGUAGACCACGUGGCAAGGCUUCAUUAGUGGCUUAUAAGGAAAAAGAUAAAAAAGACAAUCAAGAUAAAGUAAAUAAAAAAAGAACUUAUAAAUAA